GGGGGCGCUGCGCCGCGGCGGGCGGGGAAGGGAGAGCCCCACUUCCGGCCUGCGGGGCGCAUGGCGGGGCUCGGGCAGGCGGCGCGGCCGGCCGCCUCUCAGGAGCUGCUGGCCGCGGGGCGCCGCGGAGGGUUGGAAGAGACGUUACUGAUUAGUUCAAAGCCUGGCAGCAAGAAGGCUACGACUUUACAGACUGUUAGGGUGCCGAGGAGUACUGUUUUGGACAGAGUACAGAGCUUUUUACCACAGAUGGCUCAUGCAAAUGAUGAGCUGAAAAGAAAAAUGGUAACAGCACCAGCUCAUCAGUUUGAUAUUGAAAAUCUCGACAGUGCCACAGAAAAAGUUAUAGAAAUGAACGUGGCUGUAGUUGAACUGAGUGAUUCUGAUACAGAUGAAGAGAAUGUAACUUCAGAAGAUGACUCAGAAUCUGAAGAUGACUCUAUAACUGAUGAAGUGACAAUAGACAACAUUAAGUUUCCUCAACCAAAGGGAGAAAAGGGCAAAAUAGAAAUUUUGGACAGCAAAGUGAAUGAGUGAAUCAAUCUUUAUUAUACUUUAAAAAAAA